CGGCUGCAGUGCUGGGGGUAGAGCGCACCUCCAGGGCGUCGCGGCACUGCCCCAGCCGCGGCCCAGGGUAGCGUGAGGGGUGAGACAAGGAGAGAGGCUGCGGUAGGGGCGGCGGGAGCGGCGGCGGCGAUGAUUUCUUCCCUCCUUCCUGCGAGAAGGAGCGCUGGUGGUGGGGGAACGGCUUCUGGUAGCGGACCGCGGCCCACUUCCGGCUCGGCGGCCAAGAGGAGCGGAAGCAGCAGCAAUGUAACUGCUGAGUGCCAGCAUUACAUCCUGGUGUGUCGUGGAAACAGGCCAGUGAGGCUCUGAGGGACAGCGUUCUUGGCAGUCGUAGUUUCCUUCAUUCAGAGUGUCACCCCAGCUCCUGUUGCUGCCCAAAGCCUAGCGCUUUCCCCUGCGAUAAAGCUCCUCUGUACCACAGUAUUUGGUAGCCUUCUCCUGGGCUCUCAUAAGUGACCUGUGUAAAAAUGCUGCGAUAUUGGGGCGAGAUUCCAGUUUCAUCUAACCAGGCCAACCGCAGCUCCUUUGACCUGCUUCAGCGUGAGUUCCGUACCGUGGAAGUCCAAGAUCCUCCGCUGCACCAGCCCUCUGCAAACAAGCCCCGUCCCACCACCAUGCUGGACAUCCCCUCGGAGCCCUGCAGCCUCACCAUUCACACCAUUCAGCUCAUCCAGCACAACAGGCGGCUGCGCAGCCUCAUCGCCAUGGCUCAGGCUCAAAACCAGCAGCAAGCGGAGGGCAUAAAAGCUGAAGACAACGAACCUCUGCCAUCUUGUCCAGCCUCUCCACCUCUCCCUGAUGACCUGCUUCCUCUGGAUAGCAAAACCCCCAAAAUGCCAUUUCAACUGAGGCACAGUGACCCAGAGAGUGAUUUCUACAGAGGAAAAGGGGAGCCAGUGACUGAGCUGAGUUGGUCCUCCUGCCGGCAGCUUCUCUACCAGUCCAUGGCCACCAUCCUGGCUCACACAGGCUUUGAGUGUGCCAAUGAGAGUGUCCUGGAGACCCUGACAGACAUUGCCCACGAGUACUGCUUGAAGUUCACCAAACUGCUGCGCUUUGCAGUGGAUCGGGAAGCCCGCCUUGGGCACACCCCUUUCCCUGAUGUCAUGGAGCAGGUCUUCCAUGAAGUGGGCAUUGGCAGUGUGCUCUCACUGCAGAAGUUCUGGCAACACCGCAUUAAAGAUUAUCACAGCUACAUGCUUCAGGUUAGCAAGCAGCUCUCUGAAGAAUAUGAGAAGAUUGUCAACCCUGAAAAGGCAGCAGAAGACGCAAAGCCUGUGAAGAUUAAGGAGGAACCUGUUAGUGAUAUUACUUUCCCCAUAAGUGAGGAGCUGGAAGGAGAUCUGGCUUCUGGUGACCAGUCUUUGCCCGUUGGAGUCCUUGGAGCUCAAAGCGAGCGCUUCUCUGCCAACUUAGAAGUAGAAGCUUCCCCACAGACUUCAGGGGCUGAGGUGAAUGCUUCCCCCCUCUGGAACCUGGCACAGGUGAAAAUGGAGCCACAGGAAAAUGAGGAGGCUAAUGUGCAUGGCCAUGGGGUCCUAGGCAGUGAUGUCUUUGAGGAACCGAUGUCAGGCAUGAGUGAAGCUGGGAUGCCACAGAGCCCCAAUGGCUCUGAGAGCAGCUACGGUUCUCAUUCUGCUGACAGUCUGAUGGGAUCCUCGCCUGUCUUCAACCAGCGCUGCAAGAAAAAGAUGAAGAAGAUGUGAAAGAAACAGUCUUUUUAUUAAGUCCUGGUGGUAUGUAAUAGACUUGAAACAAACUGAGAGAGUAUUGUGAUGGCUAUGAUUCAUAAACAGGGCUGGCCCUGAUGUGUGAGGGACCUUGCAUAAAAUUAUUAUGAGGCGUUUGACAUGUGGUGCUCUUCAGCUCCCCUCUUUGCUGGCUUCUCUACUCCAUCCUGGCUCAGAAGAUUGAAGAUCACCCUAUACAUUUGAUGGUGGCAAGGCUUGCUUUGGCAGAUUAAUCUUGAAGUUGCCAGUGGAAAGUAGCUGUGAGGAGAUGUGCUAAGUUGUAGAAUCAUUGAAUAUUUUGGGUUGAAGGGACCUCUUGACGUCUCUAGUCCAGCCCCCUGCUUGGAGCACAGAGCAGGGUAUUUCACUGGUUGGGGAAUAUCACUAAUGAUUAUAAUGGCCUAGCAAAGAUGGUGUAGAGCAGCCUCACAGUGCCAUCAGCCAGCUCCUUCAGUGCCUUCAGAUGUCUAGUUCCAUGGACUUAGGUAUGUCCAGUUGGCUUAAGUUCUUGUGAACUCUAUCUUCCUCUACAGUAGGUAAUGCUUUACUCCCACACACUCUGCUAGAAGACCGAGGGACCUGGCAGGCCUGAAGGCAGACCAAAUCAGUCAAAACAGGCAAAAAAGGUGUUGAGUACAUCAGCCUCAAAGUACAAAGAGCAUCCUUCAUCACCAGAUUGCUUGCAUUGUUGAACAGUAACCCCAUUUUCUUUAACCUUUCUUUUGCUUCCGGUGAACUUAAGAAAUCCCUUCUUCACAUUUCAUAGCAGUUUCAACUCCAGCUGAGCUUCAGCCUUUCUAAUUGUCCCUGCACACUUGGGCUGUGUCUCUAUAUCCCUGCUGGCCAGCCCAUCCUCACUUCUGCUUCUGUGUACUUUUUCCUUUGUGUUUGAGCUCAGUCAGGAGUUCCUUUGUCACCUGUGCUGGCCUUCUAUCAUGCCUGCUUUAAUUUCUGCUCAUCAGGAAGGACUGUUCUACUUUGAGAAAGCUGUCUUUCAAGAUAAGGCAGCAUGCUUGGGCCCCUUUGGGAGGUCAGGGCAGUCUCUCUUGAGAUCCUGCCAAGACAUUCCUUGAAUAAACCAAAAUAUGUUGUCCUAAAGGUUCAGGACUUUGUCUUGUACUCAUUACUGAAGAUUUUAAAUGCCACAAUUCCAUGUCUGCUGCAGCCAAGACCUUUGCAUUCUACACUAAUUCUUCCUUGUUAGAAAAAAGUCCAUCAGAGCUUCUUCCCUAAUUGAUUUAUUGAUCAUCUGGUCAGGGAAGUUGAUGUGGUUUUCUGGAGAGAAUGAAGCAGCUUUUACUAUGUGGUGUGAGGCAAUAUUGGCAAUGCAAACUUUUCCUUUGCUGUCAUUGGAUUGAGCGCAGCAACUUCAGGCUGGCUGAGGUUUCGUAUUCAAAGUUGUUAUCUUGACAACUUAGUCUGAAACAGAAUCUGUUUUGCUCCUUUCUUUUAUGGCUCAGCUGACUGAUGGCAUUUUUUUUGUUCUGCACAAUCCUCAGUUGAUUAACUUGGUCUUUAACUUGAUUCAGAGUAUAUCUCUCUCAAAAAAGCUAGAAUGAACGUGAACCAAGAAUGAACAGCCACUUAAACUGGCUUUAUACCUGUAACCCCUUAGGAGGUUUGAGGGAGAUUUACCAAACCUCCCAUUUGUCCUUACAAUUGCAAGUUUAUCUUUUGAAAGAACGAGCUCCAGGCAUAGUAUUUUUGUUUAUGUAUAGCAUGCCUAGCCUUAAUCUUUUCUCCUAACUGUAUUUCUCUUCCACUUUAUAGAGGUGGAAGCCAAACAUGAAAUUCCUCAAUGUCUUUUAAGAAUGUGUGACCACAGGCUUUUAUGGACAUUGGAGUUAAAAUUGCCCAUCACAGUUUUAAAGGUUUCUCCUGGGAGGUAAAUUCCAGCUAUCUGAAGCCUAGUCAGUAGUAGAAGAGUGUACCAGUGUAUCAGGAAAUCUUCAUUUUGAUUCCCUUUGAGUCACCAUUAGACAAGCUUCAAUGUCCCUGUUUUCUCAGCCAGUAGUAUUUGCCUCUUAGAAGUGUGUUUGAGAUUUGGUUACUCUUCAGAAAAGGCACUGUGAUCAUUCAGGGUUUUGUGAGAGUUGUGAGCUUUGCUUCCAUUUUGGUAGGACUGGCUGGCUGGAGAAUGCCUACAUGGACACUGAAAUGUUACUGACCUGUAUGAUUCUGUUUUUAAGCAAAACUGCUUGUCAUGAACAAGUGCAGCACAACUGUGCUGUUCAACUGCCCAGGUACAAGGAAGACAUUUGAAGUGAUAUCUUCUCGCUCAAUUUUAUAUGUCUAUAUCUAAAUUUGUUCCUGUUGGCCCCAUUUGCAGCUGAAGAGAAAUAGUUAUUCUUAGGUUGCAGUUCAUCUGCCUUGAAGUAUAAAGCAGGUCAGAUGAAUGGCAUUUUUAGAAAUGUAUGUUUUCCCUUUGUGUGCUCAUAAAGUGACUUCGACUUGAGUACCUCAGCUGAAGACAUCCACACCAUCACACAUCAAUAGACCCACCAUCAAUAUCUGGCUUUAGCCUUUCCUGUAUGGGAAUCAGAGGAGACUUCCUGCUGCUGGGCUGGUGCUUUUUGUUUUCUACACGUUUAGUAGAGCUUGCUGUUCAAAUGGCAGUACAGGGCUAAAAGGAGGCUGCCCAUCUGUCUAAACCAGCAGACCCAGCCUUCUCCACAACACAGAGAACAUGCUAGGCUGGGGCCUUGAAGCUCAGCCUGAUUUGGGCCUUGUGUCUUUGAUACUGUGGGAGGACAGCUGUCAUUGGCAAAACAUCUACAGAGAAAGGCCCAAACUGUUGUAGUAAAGUAUUCUUGAGGUUGGGGCACCUAUGCAAAGUCCCUUGCACUAUUCUCAGUAGCUAGAGGACAGAAUGACUGCUGCCAGCAUCACUUUUCAUUUGCAAGAUUUCAAAUGGGCUAAAAAUAUAAAUCUAAUGUUCUCCAGGGGCUUUGGUUACACCUCCUGAGUGUCAAUCUUAAGUGCUUCCUUUACACUGCUCACGUGCAGAUGUUCUGUCUUACUUUUAAUUGUGUUAUUUUAUUUUACAUCACUUUCUCACACCCAUUUCACUCUGUAGCACACACUCUGCAACAAGCCAAGAGUGUUUCAAGUAUAUUUAAACACCCUCCUUUGAUUCAGCUCUGUUGUUGCAGUGUAAGAGAGAAGUGUUUGGGGUGCAUGUUUAUGCAGAGGUGCGAAAUGCAUCAGCAUUGCUUGUACAUUUAAAAAUGAUGGCAGAGUAAAAUCUGUACCUCCCAUUCCCCCGUUAUGCUGUGUUGUGUCUGACAUUUGUGUGCUUGAUGUUUCUUUUUAUACCUGUGGAAGCUUUACCUUUUUGGUGAACCCAUCCCUCUGAACAUUUACAGUCCUUGGAUUUACAGUGGUGUUCAUCAUGUGUGAAACAGUGAAAUUUCAAACCUAGCUCACAAACUGGGAUACAGACACUAUGCUCUCUUGAUGAAUCAAAUAGAAUUUUGCUAGGUGCUUAUGCAGCCUUGGGCAACUAGUGAAGAGUUCAUUGACCAUGUAAUGCCCAAAUUUUAAGCCACAGUGAGAUUAUGCGGUGGGUUGGAAUGUAGCUCGGCUCUGGCAGUUGUGGUUUUCUGCUGGUCGCAGGUAAAGCGUUCUGCUGACCCACCUGCCUCAGUAGUCUGCAGUUUUGUUGGUUCUUUCAUCUUUUUUCCUUCUCUUUCCAAAGGUGAGAGGAUGGCAAAUUGGAAUAUUGCGUAUUGGCCAAGUCCGGAUCCAGUAGCAUUGAUGUCUUUAGUGAAUUAUUUUGCCAUGAUUGAAAUUGGUGAGAACUUUGAUAUCAAUUUGGAGAGCAAGAUCUGUGAAUUACUUGGCUUUUGAAGUGUUUUGCAUGGGAAUCAUACAGGAUCGUAGCUGAGAGCGCGCUGUGUGUCAUAUUCCUUUUUCCCUCUAGCAAUACCUUUUUAUUCCUUUUGAAGAGUUCUGCCUAGUACCCAACAAAGUCCACUAUAUAAAUGGCAGUGUAACAAUUUUAGUGUACAGCUGUACUGCAGACUGUGCUACCCAGUGAUUUAAUUCUAAGACCAUCCAUGCUAAUUUGAAUGUGCAUAAUGCUGUGCAGAAAAAAGAGCUGCUUCUUGCAUAGAAAUUUACAAUUUAAAAAGAAAACAGGAAAAUAAGAUUAGGUAGGGUAGGUGAGGC